CAGGGGCGGGGCCCCGGCCGCAGGGCCGCCGGUGGCGGCGGGAUGGCGAACCCCGGCGGGGCCGCGGCGGACGCGACGGCCGCCGGCGCGGCCAUGGACAGCGGCGUCCUGGCCAUCGUCAUCGCCGCGACCGUGUCCACCUCCGUCUUCAUCGUGGCCAUCCUCAUCCUCCUGCUGCUCCUGUACCACCGGGACCCCAUGUGCUGCCAGUUCCUCUGCUCCUGCCGCUUCUUCCAGACCCCCAGCCAGUAUGAGUGCCCCCCGCCCUACUUCAGCAGCAGCCAGCGGCUCGUGGGUCCCCAGAGCGGAGCGUCCCGGCUGGAGAGCGCCGCCGAGAACCCCGGCGUGCAGGGAGACGAGCUCUUCUGCGUCGGACCCCCCAGCAGCUACCAGCUCCCGUCCUGGGAGCAGCCCCGCUUGCCAAGCUACGAGAGCGUGCGGAAGAAAGAUCGCCAGCGGGAAAUCCAUCAGAUGAUUGCCGAGAGGUUUGGGCUGUGGGCAGAGCCCUCCCAGGAGAUGCCGCCUCCCUACGAGCAUGCUCUGAGGCAUCCUCCAGCUUUCUCAGGAACAGUAAUAAGCUCAGAGACCUUGGACAGACGUGGUGCGCCAGACCCUUUCCAGGCCCCUCUCAGCUACCAAACUCAGCGAAACACAGACGUGUAAGGCUUCGGCCUCCGCGUACUGCUUCUUCCCGUGGUGUCAGCGACAGAAGUGCCUGUGCCGUCACUCCCCCCGCAGGGAGCAGCCGAACCUCAGACCUCCACCCAGAUUCGCCAUCAGCCAAGACAGGCAAGUCAGACCAGGCCGGUGGAGACGUCCCUCCCGCAGCACAAGGACAACCACCGAGCCACCGCCAGGUAUCACGCUCUGAGCGGAGCAGCCAGGGAUCUCUCCUCGCUCUGAUCCAGCGAGUGUACUGUUACCAAAGGCGCCGGACCAGCCGCUUGCUUCUACGCGGGGAGCAAAGCCAAGGUGAAGGUCUGCUCAGCCAGAGCUCCUGCAGGCAGCUGGUGCUCCUGUACCUCUGUGAGGCAAGCGCUGCCCGGUGUGCCAAGGAUCAGACCGCAGACUGCUACUUCACUUCUUCCUUAGGUUGUAAAAUGUUUAACUCUAUUGGUGUGCGAGACACCAGGUGGUAAUCCUCACCCGUGAGCGGCAGAACAAAUCUGCAUCGCAGCAUCGCUGUGUGCUCUCACAGCAACUGUCGGCUGUGACUGAGAACAACUUUGUAUGGACUUCAGGUAGAUCCAGAGAGACUCCAGGAAUUCUGUCACCUGCUGUAGGCAACUACCGACCACCGAGCUGAACCACCUGAAUGUAUAUGCAAGCUGGGAAAGGACAGAAGCGUGGACGUACGUGGCUGACCCAAGUUUACCCAGUCGUCUUCUGCAGAGCAGACAAUCUAGUAAUGUCAACACUGGUGUCCUUACACCACCAAUUUUGAUAACCUGUUUUCUACUGCAGAGCCAAUGUUUCAAAUUAUUUACCAACCUGUAGAUAAAAUGAGAUCCAUUUGGCCACAAG